AUGGAACGAGCUUGUCGCAUGCGACAAGCUUACGACAGGCCUACAACACGCCGCCUAAGUUGUUUCAUGAUAUGCGAACUUCCGGUGUUCGCCAUAGUUUCCGAUCAAAUAUCUGGUGAUGCUGUUGAAGACGCCCAGAUUGCCCUCGAAAGGAACGACGUCGAGAAGAUCAAACAAGCCUUGGAUAAAGGUAUGGAGCUGCUUCAAGAGCGUCAAAAAUUAAUUUUACUGGCUGAUAAAUCACAGUACGGGUGGAAGACGGUCCUCGAAUACAAGCACCAUGAUCUCGCAGACGACGAAGAAGACGAGAAAAAGAUAUACAGGGCCAAAUCCAGAGCAGCUGGUUCGGCUUUGGAGCAGGCAGCUUUUGUCGAAAGUGCCAUUAACGAUCUCAUUAUCUACGGUUGUGUCACUGAAGUGUUUGAAGCUCCUGUUAUCAUCAAUCCUUUGUCCAUAUCUGUUCAAAAAUCAGGCAAAAAGCGUCUAAUUUUGGACCUUCGCCACGUUAAUCAGUUCCUUUACAAAUGCCGAUUCAGAGAUCUCUCAAGUAACGCGAUAUCCACUUUGUCAUCUCAACAAGUUACUGAUCUUCCACGGAACUUACGUGUACUGAACCUGUUGGACAAUCCAAUAGAUUGUGAAGACGCAAUUCUAAAGCAACUGGCAGCUUCUAUUACUCUUAAGUCCAACUGCGGCCAAAUAGUUGAACCUUUUCAAAACGCGUUUAUUGUAGCUUGUAACAAUGGAUGGAAACAUUAUCAGUCAUCUUGUUAUAAGUACUCAAACCAUCACAGAAGAUGGACUGAUGCUGAAGAUCUUUGUCAGAGGGACGGAGCGCAUCUCGCGAAAAUUACCAGCAGGAAAGAACAAGAUUUUGUCUUUAGCCUUGGUGUUCAUCAACCUUUUCAAAUCUGGAUCGGUUUGCGGGCGCAAGGACCUUCAGGAAAAUUCACUUGGGCAGACGGAUCGCCACUUGGCAAUUUUACUUUCUGGUCAGCGGGUGAGCCCUCUCCAGAUCCUGACGUUUGUGCGGAAAUGAUUCGUAAUGAUGGUCAAGGGCGGUGGCAAACUGGCCAGUGUACAACGAGACACAGUUCAUAUGUGUGUGAGAAAGAGAGAGCAUGUAACAUCACGGGAGCGAGUGGUGAUUGCAAGACUGAUUUUGAAAAACCGCCGCUCAUGAAGUCUUUCCCACGCGAAGAGAUCAUCUCAGCACAGUAUGAAACUAGCGUGACGGUGCAGUGUGAAGCAUCUGGUUUUCCGAGACCCACAGUCACGUUUCUUAUUAACGGUGUAAAUUCGUACGCUGUGAACAAGGGUCACACAAUCAUGGAACCUUACAAAACAACUGUCACGUAUGUUGUGACAAUGCCGUCUGACGUGGAAUGUCACAUCUCCAACAGAAUGGGUAACACCUUUUGGAGAAUAAAAGUGAAUUUAAAAGAUGACGACCCGUCAUUUCUCAAAGCUGUCUUAAGAUUAACGGAUGAGACUUUCACGUCUGACCUCAAUGAUCCUUUGUCUGAAAAAUUCAAGACACUGUCAGCCUGGCUGGAGAAUAUUCUUAUGUCUUUAUACACAGAAGUACAUGGUUUCAGAGAUGUAGAAGUUGUAAGAUUCAGAAACGGAAGUGUCGUAGUAGAUGUGCUCCUGACUGCCGCGAAAGGAGGUUCGUCAGUUGUUCAAAACAAACUCCUUGAAGUUAUGGGCUCAAAUCAAUUACAAAAUGUUACAGUUGACUCGUUUGGCGUCGUUAAAGCGUGUCCAAAAGAAUUUUUUAACGUAUCUUGGAGUGGAACUUUUGAGGGAGAGUUUGCCACGCAGAACUGUCCCAGAGGAGCAGCGGGUGAGUCAAAUAGCGGCAAAAUCAGUGGAAUCAUUCAGAAAGUGUCAAGGGAGUAUUACAAAGACACCUAG